AUCUGACAACUAUAAACCAUCUGGGCUGUUUAAAUGGGCUCUAAUGGAGGAUGAUUAAUGGAUGACAGAAGCAUUACAGUAGCACUGACAGUCUUACAGUUUAUAAAGCAAUCAUACUCUUUAUUAGUUUAUACUUUAUAUAAUGACACUCAAUUAGACUGAUUACUUAUAAACCUCAAAGGAAUAACAGUACAGGUUUAAUACUGAAUUAUUAUCUUCUUUAUAUGGUAACUUUUGAUAACUGUAAAGAAAAACGUUUUUAAACCAAAGUACUCUAGUAUGGCCCUGUGACACCUCCAAUGUACCAUACCACCAUAAAAUGUAUUGCUGUUGAAAAGUACGAGCUAAUUUCGGCUGUUUGACCAACAGCACAGAGAUAGUAAAUCCAAAAAAAAAAUAUUCCCAUACCUCAUAUUUGUUUCAUAUUUAAGUUCAAAUAUCUUCCAGAUAGACAAAUACCUUUUCAUGCGCAUGCGCUAAGAAAGUUUCAUCACUUACAAAGAGAGGAAAGAAGUAUACAGACAGUCACCUGAUGUUCUCUAGCCAUUUAGGAAAACUUCGAACGACAAACUAACACCACAAAUAAUGAACAACUUCUAUCCACUGGAAUAAAGUAGACGAUUCUAAUCAAAUUAGGAUCAAUUAAACGGUAGAUUGGAUUGUGUGUGCGUAUGUGCGCAUCAAGUGCUUAGGCAGUCCGAGUGAUGUUGUGCGCAUGCGCAUUGUAAAUCACCAAAGCUGUAAUAUCGCCGAGGCUUGUUUUUCUAGUACGCAGCAGGCGCUCAACAGCGAUGGAUUGAUGGAUUUGGAAUUCACAAGGAUACAAGAAUAAAAAUGUACGACUUCUUCCAACGCUAAAACAUUAGGAACGGAAAAGAAAGGAGUGGUAUUAAAAGCAUCGCAAGCCACACUGUGCACUUCUGAGAACAGAUGCAGGGCCAGAUGUCUUCCAAUAACAACAUCAUGUCCAAGAAUAUCCGGACGGAGUACAUGAAGAAGUUCAGAGAUCCCAAAUGGGAGACGUUCUCCAAAAGUUAUGAGGACUCUGUGAAGUACAGACUGACGCGGAGGCUGAUGGAGCAGACACACAGACCGUUAUUCGGGGACAGAUGGGAAAGCGGGUCCGACUCGAGCGGCAGAUCCAGUCCCAAACUGAAAGACGGGAACGUCUUGAAUGCCAGACACUACAGCUCCUCAUCAGAGUCCAGGAAGGAGAACGCAGAGGUGCUGUCCUCCUGGAAGCCACAGGUGAAUGGAGAAGUUCACACGGAUACGAGUUCAGCCGGGGAAAGCUCUCUUCCCUUGGAAAAUGGUUAUAAAGAUGUGACUCCUAACGGACCAUCAGAAUCGAAUCUAAAACGGCGACAGAGGCACCGUGCGCCCCGUUCAGAGCCCUGCUACCCUGAUAAAGAGCUGGAUAGUGACGAAUCUCAGCUAUCUCUAUCAAGAAAACCAUCCAGGGCCAAGAGCCAACCACCGGGCAGCAAGGAGCGGACGUCCAACCGUGAGAACAGACGGUCUUUCAUCCGUCAUGACUGGGCAGAGAGGCACAUUGAGACCAGGGACAGAAGGACACCAAAUAUGAGAGUGUCUGUGUCCGCUGGAGAGAUACAUCGGGCAGACGUGGGCGUCCAGACAAGAAGAGAGGUCAGAAAAGGUGGACGAUCAUCAGACCGGCGGCGGGCGAGAUCAGCUGACCUGGAGAAGUCCAGAAGAUCAGCACUGAGUGUGAGGGACGAGCGCUGGACGACCGAGUACAUGAGCUGCUUCUCUGCUCGACUGAGGUAGAGCCGUUUCUAUCACUGAUGACGCCGCAAGAGAAACAUCCAACAACUGAACAAAAAGAUACAUGCACUCCUUUAAAUUCAAUAUGAUAUUCAGAAGUUCUUUAUAGAGUAUUAAAAUACUUUCUGAUGCUGGUUACAAUCACUUUCUCAUGAAUGCAUUUAAGGACUACUACACCAAAACACGCCGUAUCUCAAAUACUUUGUUUUUAAUAUUUGUAGUAUCUUGUUUCUAUUUAUUAUUUAUUAGCUUUUAAUGAGCAUUUUAUGUCUGGUGUUCAGUGUUUGGUGGGUAUAUUAGAUGGCUUCUGAUCUUUUGUCAUGAUUUUUAACAUGGGCUGCAGGGAUUUAAUGAUCAAAUUAUAUUUUUGUGUGGACCAAACAUUUCAUGUAAGGAUGAGUGGUUUGUUUCUGACUAUGAUUGUUUAUUCUGAUCUUUCCAGAAUGUUAUUGUCAUUACGAUGUCAGCUGUAAAACCUACUGUUCUUCUGAAUGUGUUUGGUUUGUUUUAACUAAGGCCGUGUUAGGAGUGCAGUGCUGUGCAAGUGUUUCUUCCUCCCCGAUCACCAACAAUCAAUUUUAAUCCACUUUUUGCACAAAGAUGUCAAGUAAUGAAUAUUUCAGAUGGAAAAAAUAAUUGAGGGCUAGUUGAAGGCCAUCAUUUGAUUCUUGUGAAUGUGAUUAUUUAUCCUGCAUUAAGUUAUUAGAGCACAGAUCUGAUAUGAAAAAUACACAUUUAGCUUUUCUGUCAUAUUUAAAAGGCAUCAGCACUGACGUCAUAGACACUUUGAAUGCGCCGUGACCCUUUACUUUGCUCUUUAUCUUAAUAACUGGUUGCCUGUUAUCUGGACUUUUUUAUUCUCUUAUACACUUGCUUAUCAUUUCAUAAAAGGAAACUCAUUGGGUUUCAGGGUACUUACAUUGAUGUUCUUGAAUGUAGUAUAUGAAAUAUGCUAACUUGUUGAUGUUCCCCGGCGAUGUUUACAUUUUGCCCACUGUAUUUGUACAUCUGAACAUGCACAGCUAGAUAUAUUUUCACCUGCAGAACAGAAGUACUCUUAAUGCACUGCAAUGAAUAAACUCUGUUUGAGUAA